AUCAGUUGCCUCCCAAAAAUCAAGAUGAGCAGAAGUCUCGGUAAAUUAACGCUGGUACUACUCGUGAUGUGCUGUGCAUACAGCGUACAGUGCGAAAUCACAAUUCUUCCCGACGUGCUCUACUACAACAUAACAACAACGCCACGUGCCGAUCUCUUUUACUUGCACCACCAGCGGCAAUUCGCGAUCAAUGUGAAGGAACUCGAACAGAGCUUGGUUGACUUCAGGGCCAAAUAUUACGCACGACUCGACGUUAUCGCCUACAAUAUAGAACUGUUGGAAACCAAAUUGGAAGAGGUGGACAACAAGUUGAAUCCGCUCGUGCUGCUGGACGAUAUCAAUGAUUAUUGUGUGCAUAAAUAUCGCGCCAAAUUGCCGCAGAUCGCACAGUUGACCGUCAAAAUGAAGGAAUGCACGUUGAAAGGCAACAAUGCAUAUGCGGGUAUUGUGUCGGGCGCAGAGGCGACCGUGCGCAAUCUAAAAAGUUACUACACCAGCACUUUCGCAACGGCUGUGAAUGACUGUAGGAAGAAGAAUGCGGGCCACUUCACCGAGAGCAAUUACACGCAAUGCAUCUCGACGGCGGUGGCGAAUGCCGCCACGAAGACCUACGCCGACACGAAUGUUUUCGAAAAUCAAAUGAAGGCGGCCGAAUGCAAUGCGGCUAUGAAAAUACGUGAAGUCUUCGAUUGCUACAAUUUGCAAGUGUUUCCAACGUUCAAGACCAUUGGCGAGGUUAUGGGCCUGGUGGAAAACUGCAUUGCCGGUCAGGAAUUCUGUCCCACUUGUGGCGAUGAUACGGCGCUUACUAAGGGUCGCUGUCCAUAUCACAUGAGCUGGCAUCUAGCCGAUAGCGAUUUGUCGAGCGAGAAGAUAAAUAAUCCCUUUAAGGGAAUCACUAAAACGACACCCUGUUUGCAAGUGAAUUUCAUUACCAAGGGUAUUGCGGUAAAUUAAGCACGAUUUUCGUUUAUUCUGUAACUUAUUUUAUGUAAUGUGGUUAUAAUUUGUGUUCAGAAUUAUGUUAGGUUAUUAAUUUAAUGUUUUUAAUAAAGAUUAUUUUUUGUAAAUAAAGAAA